AUGCCUUUCACGGAGAUCAACGGCAAGAAGAUCUUCUACUCGUGGAAGCCAGCGAGCCGCGCCGGCCUGACCCUCUACUUCAUCCACGGUCUGGGAGGCGCGCACUCGUUCUGGUCUCCCAUCAUCCCAGGCCUGGUCGAGGCUGGAUUCUCGUGCCUCGCCAUCGAUGUGCCCGGUUUCGGACAAUCGCCGUACCAUGGCAAGCCCCACGACCUGCACGAGAUCUCCGAAGACUGCAUCGCCCUCCUCGAGAGCCUGGGCAAGUCGCUCGACCGGACCAUAAUAAUUGGGGCGUCAAUGGCUGGCAUCGUCUGCUGCGAGAUCGCCGUGCGACACACGGUUGCAGGCGUCGUGAGCGUCGGCCCCAUCUGCCCUGGGCCCGACACGAAAGAGGCGUUCGAGCACCGAGUGGCGGUUAUCAAGAAGGAUGGCCUCGAGGGGAUCGUCAACUCGGUCGACAUCCCCACCCGCGCAACCGGCUCCAAGGCCACCAAGACAGCCGAGGCGUUCGUGCGCUCGCUGAUCCAGUCCUCCAACCCGGAGGCCUACAUGUCCCUGGCCCAGGCCAUCGCCGACGCCCCCGUGCCCGAGUACAACAAGAUCAAGGUGCCGCUGCUCUGCGUGGCCGGCCAAGAGGACCAGGUCGCACAGCUCGAGGACUUGGCACUGAUAGGAGACGAAUGGGGCGCGCCCUCUAAGACGGAGCUCGAGGUGCUGUUCGGUGUCGGCCACUGGCACAGCAUCGAGGACGCGGACGGGACGGAGGGGUGCCUGAAGAGGUUUGCGAAAAAGGUAGAACUCAAGUCGCGUGCCUUUUAA